GGGACACCUGAUAUGUUUCAUCAUUGAAGUCUCAAAAGCUGUUCCGUCCGUCUCCCUUACGCUUCUCUGCCAGACACAUGCAUUCUCUCAUAUCGUCAGCCGCACCGGCAGGCAACACACCACGCCCCCACUUAGGCAGCUCCCCUUUCAGACACACACCCUCCCUCAGGUCAUGAGCCAAAAGCCCCAAAGCAACUCGCACAUCCCUUUCCACUGGCUGCCAUGCCUCGAGAGCAAGUGGCGCGUCAUCCCCAACUGCCUCAGACUCGUCAGGCCGCAACUCCCCUUCCACCAACCCCACCUUCAGCACGGCAUCCCCGAUCGCCGUGUGGACACGGACGCAGCUGCCGUACAUGUGUGUGAGGACGUCUGUCAUCAGCUGCAUGUCGGAUGGAAGGGUCUUCCACAGCAGCAGCUUGUCUUCGAGAGAUCGUUGGUCCUGAGACGACCCCCCAAGAGCCCCCACAGCCGCGAUCGCAUCUCCAAGACCGUUGCCAAUCAGGUGGCGCCUCGUGUGGUACGACUGAGGCAGCUCAAUCGGCGCACUCUGCUCGUCCCUCUCGCCGCCUCGUGAUAGCUCCAACAGCCUCUCUGAUGCCCAGCAAACUACCCACAAACAAUUGUGCAGCAGCCCGGCCGCCGUCUGCUUUGACGCUGCGAUGUUGUCGCCGCGCCCCGUUUCCUUGUUCAUCUCAGCUCUCGCGUUGGUGUGAACCGCCAAGACCCGCAGCCAUGAGAGGCCGAUGGACGUGAUCAUUUGCAGCAUGUCGCACAGCAACCGCACCCCCUCCUCGCUCUCCAGCUGCCCAUAGCCGCUCUCGCCAGCCUGGCCACACGGACCGAGAAGCCGCCUCCUGGCCUUGUCUGAGGCAUCGACGCUCUUGCCGGCCGACUCGCCGACCGGCAGAAGAGCUGACUGCAAGAGUGCGUGGCAGAGGCUGGUGAGAUGCCGAAGCCCGGUGGCCGCCUGGAAUGUCCGCUGAGCCCUCUCAGCCGUGCUGGCGGUGUCUUCUGCCUGGCUGCUGAUCCAUUGCAGCCCGCCAUAGUCCUUGAUGAACAGAUGCGCCACCCGCACAGCUCCCGGCUCGGCACUGCCGUCGAGGAGGGCUUCUUGCUUGACGGUGACGGUUGCCUUGAGGCACUGAAUGCCCUCCAGCCAGAGAGGGAAGUCGAUGCAUGGCGAGAGAGUGAGGAGGGACAUGAUGGAUGGAAGCACGUGGCGCCGGUGCAGGAGCUGCAGGCCGUGGCCGCCGGAUGUGACAUCGGCCACAGAGGGAGCCUCUGGCACAGCACCAUCUUCGUCACCAUGUUGCUCGUCAGUGUCCGUGGCAUCGGCAGCCGGCUCGUCGAUGCCGGCGCGAUCACUGCAGCCCUCUUGGAUCGACGGCCAUGAAAGUUGCGUGGAGCCCCUGCGGAUCACCUGACGCACACAACACAACACACAUACAUGCAUGAGAAACGCAUGGCGGUCGAGGCCCUACUCUCCUUCCCUCCCCCCUCCUCUCUCGCUCACCUUGGCUAUCCACAUCUUCUCCGCCCUGGAUGUCUCCAGGCUUUCUGAGUACAGCAGGCCAUAGAACAGAGGCACAUCGGUGAGGUCCAUGUGGCUGCGCGACAGCAUGAAGUUGUUGAUGACAGGGAAGAGGUGGUGCUCGGGGUGGAGCAGCACAGGCACGGCAGCAGCGCAGAAUGACACCACGAUGCCCCCAAGCACCGGCGGGUGGCCGGGGGCACCACCACCACGGCCGUCCUGGUUGGCUGGUGGUGGGAUGGCGUUGCGAAGUGCGGUGAGGAACCAUCGGAUGGAGGGCAGCUCCUUGAAGGCGUAUCUGAGUGCGGGCGGCUUGAGCUGCUCCCCCUCUCGCACCUUCUUGGGCUGCUGUGCGUGCCGCGCCUCGGCCGCAUCGGCGCUCUUGUCGAGCAGCUCAGAGUACACCGCCAGACCCUCAUACGCACAGAUGCGGAUAGAUGCAUCCUGUGAAGGCAAGGCAGCAGACAAACACGGAGCGGAGCCAUGUGAUGUGCGUUGGCUCGCUCAGCUCAGACGCGUCGUUCACUAUGGAAACCUACCAUGCAUCCAGCAGCCAUGAGCAGCAUUUGGAGGGCCCCUCCCGCGGCCACCCGCCGCAGCCAUGCACCACCCUCGUCAAGGGCGGCGAAGAACGGUGCACUGCCCUCGCCUCCUGCCUUCUUUGACCGCUGCUGCAGGUGAGCAUAGGCUGCUCUCAGCCGCCCGGCCAGGUAGGGGAUGACGUACGCAACGUCGUAGGUGUCUGAAUCGGAUCCUUUGUUGCUUCCUGGCUGGCGGAAUUGCCGGAAGGUGGACGCGGUGGUUGGAGGCUCCCUCAGCUGUCUGCCGAAUGGGAAGUCGUCGAGGGUUCGGCGUAGGCGACCAGCGUCGAGCUGCAGCCAGUCGCACCAGACGGGCUCAUCCUCUGCCCCCUCCGCCUCACGGUCGCGCCAGUCCAGCAGCUGGCCGCACCAAGACAGGGGCCCUGACGUGUCCACAUGGGCCAUGAGCAGCCUGCGGAUUGUGCGGUCACGCGGCGACGUGGAGGCGGUGUACGCGGACGCGCACUCGCGGAACAGCCCCGGGCAGAGGUCGGCGAUGCUGCUGCCCGUCGGAAGACACAGCACCGCAGGAAGCAAAACCUCCACCAUCUCCGCUAGUGGAGGGGCGCCGCCGGCCCGCCGGACAAGCGUCCGCACGCUGCUCGAGCUCAACAGGCUGGUGGCCUUGACUUCCGCUCGCUCGAGAAGCCCCAUACCGCUGGUAUGAUUGUAAAGGCCGUGAAGCAUCAGGAGGGCCGAAAAGACCCUCAGUUCGAUGGGCAGCGCCGCCUUGCCGUCUUGGCGCUCGUCUUGAAUCCUUCUCAGCCGAUGGUUGGCCAGCUCCCAGCACGAUGAUGCACAAGCGGUCAGCACGCUUGUGAGCGUCUCGCUGUCUGGUGCAUCAUCUUCAGCGCCAGUACAGUGGUCAGGGAAACGUGCAACUGUCGAGAGAAUCAGCUGCAGCCACCUGAUGCAAGCAGGCACAAGCAAGGUCAGUAUCGAGCGUCCGCUGUCUGGGUUGUACUGUCCGUGUGACUGACCUGUUGAUUUUGUCCAGUUUGUGGGCGUCAUCGGCCUCUGCCGACGAAGUGUCCCGUAACCUCAAUGCAAGCUCGUGCACCCGGGUACGAAUCGUCUUUGCAGUAGGCUCGCCAGUGGCAAGCCUCCCCACCCGCUCCUCUGUGAUGGUGUCGACCAGACAUCUCGUGAGCUCCGUUGGCUCCUGCUGGUCCUCAGCAAUCGUCCGGAGGGCGCGCAGGAUCUUGCUCUCUGGUGAGCCAGGAGUGUCGAGAUAGGCCAGGAGGGGCACCACCACACGAGACACAAAUGGGACCGCCCUCACGUUCCCAUGCCUGGUGAGAAUGUCGAGGAUCUGUCGUGCGACUCUCUUGGCUCCCUUUGGCGCCAUCCAGCCGAAGGCCGUGGGAAAACGGUGCCGGCAGGGGAUGGUGAGCAGGGCGAUCGCCAGGCGGGUGCCGCUUUGCAUGUGCUUGAGCUCUGGCGUAUCGCGCGUCCCCUCGACUCUUGCAGCAGCCCCCUCUCGAAACUCAUGGCUUCGGGCCAUCAUGUCCACCAAGACACCGAAGAGACCGGGCUCGACUGUCAGCUCCUCUGGCUGGCCGAUCAGGUUGUCCACUGACUUGGGCCGGAACAUGAGAGCUUCCACGUGCCACGGACUCUCAAUGCCGCCGCCUCCCAGGUUGGUGGCUGCUUGGGGGGCGCGCCUGACGAGGUCACGGAUGACGGGGCCGACCAUAUAUGGACGGACGAGCUCCUGAAGCAUCACCUUCACAGGAUGGUUGAGGGCCAGGACGAGUUCGUCGGAGAGGGGUGUGUGGUUGAUCCAGUAGUCCAAGAUGUACACCCUGACCGCCUCGCGAUGCCGACCCACCCACUCCCACAUGACGGUAUCACAGUCCGGAUGGUGGGCCAGCAAGCAACUCUCGUCCAGCAAACCGGCUGCAGCCACACAUGCUGCCCACUUGGUCGCCAGCCAUGGAGCAGCGGGGCCGCAGUCCUUCAGCAGAUCGCACAAGGGCUGCCCCAACAUACACUCUCCCUGGGCAGACGGCGCGUCGCUUCCAGCCUUCCUCAGGGUGAUAAGGCCGCACACGACCUCCAUCAGCCACACUCGCCCCCUCUCGUCGGCCGUGCAACACAAUGCUGCCGCCGCCUCAACGCUCAUGUUGACAACGUCUUCAUCGACAUCCUUAGUCACCUGGUUGGACGAACUCUUUGUUGUGGGGGCAGCGGCUUCACACAGCUCUUUCCACAUAGACAUUGACAAGAGCCGGUCGACACAAGCCACCACGAGCGGAACGUCCUUCUCCCUAUGGAAGCUGUCAAACGAGCUGGCAGCCGCCGAGAGGGCAUGGCUGGUCCCCUGCAAGGCCUCUGACAGUGCCUCGUCCAUCGGCCGACGCGGAAUGGUCGUCAACGCCUCCACCUUUUUCUCGAGGAUGGCGAGCAGAUCAACCAUCGGGCGGUCGAGGGGCAGCGAAGCGGCAAGGUGUGACAGACUCGCGCUGACGUUUCCAGCCUUCGCCUUCUUGCGCUUCUUGACCCGGACAGCGUCUUGCAGCAUCUCCUCCAACACCGCCGACGAGCCAUUCGCAUCACCGCCCGCAGACAGAACAUCAAGCAGAGCUGCCCGCAGCUGUUCCAGCGGGCCCUGGUUCUCGUCGUCCAUGUCGGCGUCGUGGUCCUGGUGCUCAGUGAAUUGACGCUUGACCUCGGCCACGUCCCGCCACUUGCCCCACUGCCGGAUGCAUCGCGCGAGUGAGGGAACCAGUGACGGCCUCAGGUCCACAAGGUGAAGGAUCACUCGACACACCGACCGGGCCACGUCAGCUAUGUCACUGCCUGAAACACCCAACCACAGGAGAGGAGAGCGGACAGGCUGCCGCCACACAUAUCUAUGUUGACGACGUACCUUCUGCACCAGCAGGGGCGGUCCACUGCUUUGCAAUGAAGGAAGCAGAUAGCUGCCGCAAGUAGCCGACCGUGAAAAUGGAUGGCAUGGCUUCUCUCAUGUCGCCCUCUCCGUCCGUCAUCUGUACGUCGUUGUCUUUCAUGACGGGCACAAAUGUGCUGGGAUUGGAGGUCACGAGGCGCAGGACGGCGAGGAAGUACGCGGGGGUGCGGGAAUGCGUUGGACGGCUGAGCUCGAGCAGCCAUGCAUACGCUUCAUCGAAAAGCGACGACUCAAACACCUCUGUGGAGUCAAGAAGACUGCAACACGCCAUGCGCACAAUGGGGGAGUGUUUCCGUGUGUGUCGUGUUGGCACCUUUUGAGCAUUGGUCCGGCGAAGGUCUGCAGUUCGGCUAACGCAGCGUCCCCACUUCGCCACCGGUCCAGAAGGCCGGUCAUGAGGCUCACGUGAGCCUUGGUCAGCUUCUGGCUGGCAGCCAGCCGCGUGCUGCCUCCCAGCGCCACUUCAACCAGCGUCAUGGCCGACAUGGACACUCUCGUCUGCUCCUCAAUCGACAACUCGACAUGCCAACUCUCUGUUUCUGCACUCAGGAAAAGAGAGGGGUCGGGGAUGCAGCGCAUGUGCGACUUGCAUUUCCUUCUUACCCGUGAGCACUUUGGACCAGUCGAAGCGGCACUCCAGCAACGUGGUCGGAAGGCUGGUGCAGUAACACCGUGCUGUAUCGCUCCACCUGCAGGCACACGACCACCAAACACACAAACUGAUGGAUCCAAAAGGGAAGGCGGCCGCUCUUCUCACCGGCAGAAGAACUCAGCAGCUGAGAUGACGACUGACAAGUCUUGAGGGCUCGGGGGCGCGCCAUGGCCACUCGUGUGCUCCACAAAGUACUGCCAUGCCCUCGCAAUCGCCUCAGUCUUGUCCCUGUCCUCGUCCCUCUUCGUCGCCGUCUUGCCGCUUCCCUCCAUGAGAUCGGUCCCAGCCACGUGGAUCAUCAGCUCGUCAUCCUCAUCAUGUUCCAUUGCCGCGUCCCUUUUCCCCUCUUUGCCACUCUCCUUUGCCAUCCCGUCCAGCUGUGUCGCCCCACUGCGCACAUUCAACAGCGUGUUGAUCUCGGGCAGUCGACACUUGACCUCAAACUGCAGCCGACGUAUCCUCUCCACUCGUGCCCCUUUUGUGUGGUCAUCGUUGCCGCGGGGCUGGUCCUUCUCUACUGCCUCGCACACAGCCGCCAGUCUCCGGCAGACGAGCAUCAAGAGGUGGCAGGUGGUCAUCACAACCGCCCGGUCGGUCGCCAGCAGGCCGUGCGUCAGUGUGGUCUUGCUCAAGACGGGAGGGCAGACAAUGUCCAGCAACGAUGACAACACCUCUUGUGAGGCCUCUGCGGAUGGCCGAUCGAUAGCAUCGAAGACGCCAGCGAGGGGAUUGUGCUCGGGGGAUGUGGUGAAGGGAUCAGCUGCCUCCUCUGCGUCGUCGAAGAGAUUGGGCCCGUCAUCAACAAAUGGCGUUACACGAAGCUCCUGUGUCAGCUUCAACAGGUCGUCCUGUUCCGGCUCUGCGGCUUCAUGCUCUUGGGGGGCCUGAGGGGUCGCCACUCCAGUGGCAGUGGGAGAGAAGGGGAUGCGGGGACCCGCUUGCAGAACUCUGGAAAGGAACGUGGCCCCCGUGAUCCACUGGGCAGCCGACCGCGAGCUGAGAGUGAGCUGAAGCGACGCGAAGAAGGCUGGAUAGAGAUCUGGAUGCGACUCGAGGAGGGCCGUCGCUACAUCUUGCUGCUGGGGGGCAUAAGGCUUGAGCUUGAGGACGAAGUCGAGCAGGAAGUCAUGUUCCCUCGAGCUGUAGAUGCGGCUUUUGGAACACAACUCGACAAGGAAGUCCCGCACAUCAUCGGCAAGGGCAUCCUCGUGGUCGUUGAGGCACGCUUGGAGCAGGUAGGCGAGAUGGUGCAGCACAUAAGCAUUGAAGAAGAAAACCUUGGUCAGCCUGGGCAGGUGCGCGUUCAACAGCACCCGCCGCCUCACCACUUGCAGCACCCAGUGAACAGUCUCGAUGGGGUCUUGCGCCAGGCCCUGGAAGAUCCUAUUGAUGAAGUUCUUGACCUUGAGGGCUGCCGAAACCACCUGCUGGUCGGAACACUCAAGCAGCGCCAUUGCGAAGCGGAUGUAUUGCUGCCUCGUCCGCGGGCUGCCGCCCUGCCGUGACGCCUCGGACAACUUCUGGAAGGGCGCAUAGCCGAAAUUGAAGUCCCGCACGACCUGCGCUGCGAGGGAUGGGUGCAGUGUGACGAUGGCCGUGAGCAGCCUCAGUGAGUGGAAGUGAAGGCCCUCUCGAAACGUCCCAAUACAUCGAUAAACGGUUUUGAGAUGCUUGUUCAGCACGGCAGUAGCAAGGCUUCGCCGCGAGUGGAGCGUCCGCACCGAUUGCUCGAAGGGAGUCUCGAGUAUACUCGCCAGCAGCUGCAAAAGGCCCACAUUCACUUCAUCGUUUUGGCGGUCCAGCACAGCCAGCAGCUCCGAACACAGAGGUGACCUCUCCACGUAAUGAUGGACACUAGCAACGCCCGACGAGAAGCCGCCUUCAUCAUCACCACCCUGUUGUCUUGAUUCGAGGCGUCUGUUGAGGUCGACAAUGGCCCUCUUGACAUCAGAGAUCUCAUUGGAAUUCAGGGCGGCAAUGAAUGCUUCUGUCGCCAACUCAAGAUCUCCCUCAUUCGGCAUCAGUUCAGCAGCAGGAGAAGAAGAUGGAAUUCGAC